AUUUUUGGAAUGCAAAGAAAUUUUUGGGUGCUCACUUUACAUUGAAAAGCACUGUAAAAAAGGCUAUCGUAUUUGUAAUUUGUAGUUAUACAAAAAUGUACUGGUGAAAAAAUAAAGAAAAUAAGCCCCACAAGAGCUUAAACUAAUACAUUUGGUGGAAAUUAAUAUCAGAUGAUUAAAAGUUCUAUGCAUUAGCAAACACUUUCCCCAGCAAUAGGAACAGUACAAAGCAGUUGGGAAUAGUUUGCGUUUGUUGCGGCCAUAUUUGUGAGCUCCGAAUUUAGCUUGAGAGUUUGCUUCAAGGGGAGUGCAUCUAUUAGAAUCCUUCAUUGUACAAUCUGCGCAUGCCAAGCGGUGUAAUUUUGUUGGAUCGAAGGACUUCACGGUGUUAAGGAGUUAAAAGACUCUGGUUGGAGAAUAGUGGAAGUGGCGUUUUUUAUAAUAAGGCAGGCAGAGCAAGCCCCGCCGCUUUUCAUUUGUUGCAAGCAUAAACGAUCCUAAAGAGAUGGAUGAACAAGAGGAAGUUCAACAAAAUAUGAUUUCGAAUUUACCAUUAUUGUUCGCUAAUGGCUAUCCGACAUCAUUGGAAAAAAUAACAGAGUCACAACUUGAAAAAUUCAUACCAUUUAUGGUACGUUGUUCGCUUGGUCACAUAAACUUUCAGGAAAAAACAGACUGCAGCGAACCGGAGUGGUGGCCUGAAGAUUUUCCAUUCACCAUACCAUUUACGAAGCCGAAAAAAUUUACUGGCAAUUGGGCGCAAAAAAUGAAGGAAAUAAUUAUAAUAUGCUAUCAAUUUCAUAGAAGCGUUUUCCUGCUUCGCUUCUGCAACGAUUUAGCUGCGUAUGAGCAUGCGAGUCUACGAUUUAUAAACAACUACAAUUCGACAACGUCGCUCUUUGAACGACGUAGCAACAAAUUGUUGGUUACAUUUAGAAAUGAAAAUAUGUCAUAUGAUCAACCGCAACGCAGUCGGAAAUGUUUAAUGCGACAAAAGUCAAAAAGUGGCAAUCAAGAAAGAGCGGAUGCUGAACAAAUAAUGGUCGAACCAGCACCAUUCGAUAUUUAUUUAUGCGACAAUUGCGAUGCUGAACUGUAUUCGAAAGAAGCUAUUUCGGAACAUGAAAAGACUUGCAACGUGGAGGACGACGAUGACGAUGUCAUUUUGUGUGAUACACCUGAACCUAGCGAAAACACUGUGCAGUCAACAGAUUCGAAACGAAAUACAGAGGACAAUGAGCUACGUAAUGGAUUCCUACUUAAUUUUAACCUGCAAUGCCGUGACGAUAACAAAAAUGGUAAAGUUCCAAGCAAGAAUGAAGCGUUAGGUGCGUCAAAAGAAACUAAAGACGAGAAAAGCGGAUUCAUGAUUAUUGAUAAAAACAAACGUAUGCCACGACGAAAUCGUGCUGUACAUUCGUUAGCACGUUGUGCCACAAUACCGUUGUCAUCGCCUGCUGGACAAUUGCUAUUGCGUACUACAAAAACUGCCAUGACACCAGAAUAUUUAUCGGAGCGACUUGAUCGCGUGGAGCGUUUCUGUUUUGCGCCCUUACUCUCAAAAUCCCAAACGAAGCCGAAAUAUUUUGAGAAAAAGCACACAUUCACCAAUACACAUUGUACAUUUAAAAAGCCACAAGACUAUAGUUCGCAUGUCUACGUCUUUCCACGUCGGCAAUUCUCACAACGAAGACGUACUGAAAGUUUUCUAUUCUUAAAUUCUUCACUAAUAAGACGCUGCCGUCCAAUUUCGGUGCGGCUAAAGAAAAUCACCGAUAACGAGGUGAAAACCCGACGCUCAUUACCAAAUACAAAAUUAAAUAUCAAACUAACACGUGAUGCUACACGACGUUCCAAUUGGAAAAUCUCCUCACCAUCAACCGAAAUCAUUGUGGACACAAUUGAUUUGUGUUCAUCGGAUGAGGAGGAAUGUCGCAUUAGGAGUAGCGGCGAUUGUAGUAGUAGUAGUGAUAUUAGGAAAACACAUGCUCUACAAAGAUAUAGCGAACCUGGCCCUAGCAUUGAAAUAACACGCCAAACGCUAGCAACAUUCACCAGCAAUAAUAUCGCCACCAAAAGCGCCGCGACAAGUUCACUAACAAUUACUAGUGGUAAUGGUAAAAAGUUAAGUCUCAAAGAAAUUUCAUUAUUUCCAAUACGCAAAUCGACGCGUACCAAUGGACCAGCUAAAGGACCAGAUAAGCCGCCAAUACGCGCUACAGCAAUUGCCAGCACACGUUUAUCUUUAACACACACCUCAAAUCUAGCUGUGAAUAGUUCCUCAGCAGCCGCCACAACCCAAGCGCUAACUGUACCGGCCAUCAGCGAUGAGAGUAAAAAAUCUUCCACUAUCGAUAUAAAUGCACUACUAAAUCCAAUACCUACUGCAAUAUUCGCCACCUCAACGGAUAAUGGUAUUUCAUUACCAAAACCAUUACAACCGUCAGUUUAUAUAUUUUCAAAUUAUGCCGCUAACGCAUUGACCUCAACAGUGCCAACAACAAAUAAUGACAUUACAACAACGAACGCUGGUAAUACAUUUAGAAACCAAAAUCAGGAAAAUCACGCACAAAAUGGCACUACCCCAGCUGCGGGGCUUGUUGUCAAACAUCAAAUAACCAAUAAUAGUGCAACACCAACACUAACACCCGACUGGUAUCCGGAAUUGAAUGCGUUAGCGACAAGUACCAAUACAAAUUUAAGCAAUACGAAACAAACACACCUGGCGGAACGCGAACGUGCGCGUAGCCUGUCUUUAGUGUCGCCAAGUCGUGUUAUAUCAAUUGAUCUGACCUCUUAAUUUUGUAUGCUAAUAAGUAACUUUUUAUUGCUAUUAUUACAAUAAUUAAUAUGAUUACUAUACAUUUAUACAAAAGCUAGUUUAAAUUUAUCUAUCGCUCACAUUAAAAUUAUUAUCAAAAGAGUGUUUCAAGACCUAAUCACACACACAUAUGUACUUCGAUAGUUUUUUAUGUACGUACAUAUGGCUAUAUGGUUGAAAUGUACCUUGCACUACAUGCUUGUACAUUACGGUGUCCGUUGUUUCCAAAUUGAUUUUUUUAUGUUGCAAGCGUCCGUUGAUGUUUCGAAGUUCGUGAACAAACUCUUUAUUUUAAAUUUAAAUCAUUUACUUUUCCUUGUAUGAAUUUAUGAUUUCUUUUUUUUAAUUAUGUUCCAAUACAAAAUUCUCCGCUUUACACAAAAGAUCUUAAUGAUUUUUUCCAUAAAACUACGCCAUUAAAAGUUAUACGUUAAAUGCACUGCGACUCAGAAUUCAGUAACAAAGCAUUAAUAGAGUACACCAUGUCGUAUGAGUAACACAGCGUUUACAUAUAAGGCGAUUGUAUGAAGCAUAUUUGAAGCAUUACUUUACCUAAGUAUAACUUUUAAUAGAGUGAUUUUAUGGAAAAAAUCUUCAGACCUUUUUUGUAGAGAGGUAAAUUUUGUAUUCGAAUAUCAACUUAUCAAAGCUGUAGGCUGAUUCGGUUGAGAGAUAAAAAAUGUUUUCGAAAAUAUCAAAAACCAUUUAAAAUAUAUGGUAAAUGUAAAAUGGCACGGCACGGUUUAAAUCGAAAAUAAAGGAGAGCUUGUUUGCUUUCAAGCCUUUCUAAGGACAAAAAUCAACACUUCAGGGUUGUUUUCCAAAACAAAAAUCAACUUCGGAGAUAAUGAACACGUUAUGCAUAUAUAAAACGAAAAUUAACUAACUUUAGUAACAAACACACAAAAAAAAAAAACCAUUGUACUUUUGCUUAAAACUCAUUUAUUUAUUUUUAGUUUAUUAUUUAUUAAUUAAUAGGGUUAAAUCAUAGGAAAAAUAUUUAAAUAACUUAAAAGACUCGACAGGCUCGGAGAAGUGUAGAAACGAUUUCUGGUUGUAAAAAAUUAGUUCAUUUUUUUUAAUUAAAACACUUGUAAUGUAAGGAUGCGUCAGUUUUUAUGUUGUUUUUAGUGCUUUCUGAAGUUAACAAAUGUAAAAAAAAAAAUUGUUUUGAUUUCGAUUGAUUGAAUUUAUUUAUCUUUUUUUUAUGAAAUCAUUGUUACAUGGUAGGGCCGUUAAGGAAAUUUGUGGUAGUUCUUUUUAAUAUAUUGUUGAGAAUAAACCAGGUUAAGCAAUAUGUUGAAAGUAUGCAACAGCGAACUUAUCGAAAAAAUUUAAAAAAAAAUAAUACAUUAAAAAAAAUAUAUAUAUGUAGUAAUACAUUUUUUAGAAAAAAUAUAACAACACAUUUUUGAGAAAAAAUAUAACAAUAAGUUUUGGAAAAAAAAAAUAUAGAAGACAUAUUUACUAAAUUUUCGAUUUAUUACAUUUUUUUUUGUUAAGAAACGACUCUACGAACCUUGUUUUUCUUUUUUCUUUUGUUCUUCUAUUACAUAUACUUCUAUUUUAGUAAGCAGUUCUAAAAUUGUCUAGAAGCAAAACCUCAAUAAAGCGUCUAUAGUAUAUAGUGGCCUUAUGUCCUCAAUCAGUCGUUUACGCAACACAUGCAUUUAAACCAAUUUUUCAAUUGAUGCACAUGACAUGUAACUUUACAUUUGUGGAAAACUUGAAAAUACCAAAAACAACAUGAAAUCUUAACGUUCAUAUUUUUCUGGCACCCUAUUGCAUUAGUUUCGCUCUCCAUUAUAAUAAUAAUUACUAUAAUAGCUAUUAAAAAAUUAUUUUAUACUGUUCUGGAAUUGUUGAUAGGUUUAAUGUACCUCAUGUAAAUAUGUACAUAUAUAAUACUAGUUUUUCUAAAGCAAAAAAUAAACUCAUAUGAUAGCAAUAUAAAAACAAAUUUAUCGCCAAAUAAUCGUAUCUACUUUUACAGCCAUGAAAAUUAGGGUAAAGCUCAAAUUCUAUAUGAAAUUAAUUGAAAUUCAUUAUCCUUCAGAUGACAUUCAAAUUUACGUUGUACUCGCAAAUAGCCACACGCAUAUUCGCGUCGGCAUGUUAUAAAGAAAUUACGAUUUUUUAUAUGUUAUUAGAUUUAUUUCUCAAUAAUUUUUAACUUCUUAUAAAACUUUUUUUUCAUAAUUUUAAUAUUUCUUCUUCUUUUUAAUUUUUUUUAUAUAUAGUUUUCCAAACUUUUUGCUUUAUUAACAAUUUUCAUUUUUUUCGUCAUUAAAAAUUUUUAUAUUUUCUUUUAUUUUUCAAAUUUUUACUUGAAAAAAACUUUUGUUCAACAAUUUUUAUUUGUUUUAAUUUUUCUUCUCUUUUUAUAUAUUUUUCCACAUUUUUUAUUUUUUUCAAAACUUUUUUUUUUCAUUUUCAAAACUUCGUUUUUUCAAAAUUUUUUAUUACUUUUUUCUUUCAACAAAUUUUAUUAAUCUUUUCUUUUUCAAAAUUUUUUUUUUUAUUUUUUCAAAUAUUGUUAUAAUUUUUUUAUUUAUUUUAUUUUUCUAAUUUUACAAGUCAUUCAUGUAGUAGAGUAAAAUUCUUUUAAUAGUGUAAACACUUUUUCAUCAUCGAAAAAUGUUGCUAACAAUAUUUAAAAAACUGUUUUUUGUAAUAAAAAAUUUCAUCUUCAUGAAAUACAUUACAACCAAUAUUGCUUAUAUAUAAUUAAUGCAUUUGUUUAUAACAAUUUUAUUAAACUAUUGCUAUGCUUUUGAUUAGAACUUUUAAUUAUUUUUUAUCAAGAACAUUUGCCGGUAUUCUUCCGGCAAGUUUUGAGCUUAAAAAUAACUUGGAAAAUAUUUAUAUUACAAAUAAAACUGAAAACAAUUUUCCAAAAAAGAAACGUGAAAUUGACUAUUAUAAAAUAUAUUUUUUAGUUUCUUAAAAGCUUAUAAACGCUUACACAGUGUGAACGUUCGCUCGAGAAAACGUGCGACAAGUAGUAAAUAGUUUAUUUAAUAACUUAUUUAGAGCUUAUGCAAUU